GUGUCGCUUGCAGAGCGCCAACAGCUGCUGAAUUUAAAUAUAAGCGCACUCAAAUCCACACAAGCACUGCCAGGUUUUGUGGUGUUGGCCGAGGGAAUGCCAGUCAUUCUGCGUGUGCGAAACCUAUCAACAGACCUUGGCAUUACCAAUGGGUCGCAAGGAAUAGUCAAGAAAAUUUUCAGUACCAUCUGCCCUGCAGGAUUCACAUAUGCAACUUGUGUUCUUGUGGAGUUUCCUCAUAGCAGAGUGAAACUUAGCAAUUUGCCCAAAACCAUAUUCCCAAUUGUGCCCUCCACAUGGACAUUCACUACCUUGAUCCAAGCAGAAGGUGACCGCCCCCAACGAAAAAUCCGUGUCACAUGCCGUCAGCUGCCCAUACAACCUGCAUUCGCUGUCACAGGACAUUCUUCACAAGGGAAGACACUUCCACAAGUCCUGGUAAAU